AUGACUGACUCAAAGAAACCGGUUCCCGAUACGCACGAUGGCUUUCCUCCUGCCUCACCAGUCAACACGGGCGAGAUGGCUCAUGGAGUUGAUAUGGAGCAUUACAGAGCCACCGUUCCGCUGUGGAAGCGGGUAUGGCAGCACAGUUUGACGCAGAUGAUUCUCCUCAGCAUUCAGUCAUUUUGUGGUCCAGCCAUGUCCGACGCGAUCACAGGCCUCGGAGGAGGUGGUCUUGCAACGCCUCUUGUAUCGAACAUUUCCACCGCAAUCAGAUACGCUAUGCUUGCUAUCAUCUGCUUUAUGGGCGGUCCCAUCGUGAACAAGAUCGGUGUGAAGUGGGCGUUGAUCAUCGGGUCCAUGUCUUUCCCUAUUCAAGGGUCCGCAUAUUACUGCAACAGCAAGUUCGGGAACCAAUGGUACCUCAUCCUGAGCGGUGCCAUCAGUGGUAUUGGAACUGGUUGCUGGUAUGUCGCUGAGGCUGGAGCCAUCAUGACGCUUGCACCUACGGGUGCUCGUGGGAAGUACCUCGCUCUGUGGAUUGUGGCACGGAACCUCGGGCAGUUGGUUGGGGGUGCAAUCAAUCUGGCAAAGAACCAUGAGAAAGGAGUGUCUGGUGGCGUUACACCCGACACUUAUGUUGCCUUUGUCAUUAUCGAAUGCAUUGCACUGCCAUUUGCGUUCUUGAUCACUCCUUUUGAGCACGUCGUGCGGUCUGACGGCACAAGAAUUGUGACAUCCGAGACUCUUUCCACUAAGAUGGAGAUCAAGCGCAUUGCGAAGACCAUAACUUCGAAGCUUAUUGUCCUUUCUGGUCUUUGGGCCUUGUGGUCAUUCUUCUACAGCGGUACCUGGUCUACCUAUUUGGGAGUCUACUUCUCUGUCCGCGCCCGCGCACUCUCCUCUCUCAUCUCCCCGUUCUUUUGCAUCAUCGGCUGCUUUGGUUUGGGCUUUAUUCUUGACACAAAGUACCUCGGCCAGCGGCGCCGUGCGCAAGUUGGCCUCUACACCGUCGUCAUUCUUAACGUCGGUGUCUACAUCUGGUCCAUCAUUAUGCAGGUCAAGUUUAACCGCCAUGACCCUGGGAAAAUCGACUGGGACGAAGGACUGUUCCCUUCGGCCUUCCUGCCAUAUUUCUUCGUGCAGACAACGGGCCCACUGUCGCAGUCGUACAUGUAUUGGCUAUUGUCGUCUUUUGCGACAGAUGCUCAGGAAAAUGUUCGGAAUGGUGCUGCAUUCAGAUGUAUCGAGGCGAUCGGCCAAGCCGUUGCGUACGGCAUGAACACCCAGUCACAGAGCAACCCUCUUAUCGGAUUCUGUGUGACAUUUGGCCUUCUUGGAGCUUCUUUACUACCCAUGAUUUUGCUUGUGAACUCAACCCCAGAUCGUAUUCCUGCCGAUGUUAUUGCUGAACAGCAGGAUGCUAGUCGUCUAAAGAAAUUGAGAAAAUACACAUAUAUAUAUAUAUAUGUAUUGGCUCAAGAUUCACUUUCCAUCUAA